AGUUCUUUAAGCCAAGCUGCAGUAGUUUGCUAGCGGUUGCGCAUGUUUGUUUCGGCUAGUAGCCAUGGCUCGGUUCGCUACCCUGCUGCUUUUACCGGUUCUCAUUGAAUCGGUAUUAUCAAUUUCGUUCUUUUUACCGGUAAAUUCAAGGAAAUGUUUACGGGAAGAGAUCCACAAAGACGUGCUCGUCACGGGGGAGUAUGAAAUCAGCGACCAGUCCAACACAAAAACCAACCUGAAGAUCACAGACUCGUCGGGACACAUCCUAUACUCAAAGGAAGGUGCAACGAAAGGGAAGUUUGCCUUCACGACAGAGGAUUAUGACAUGUUUGAAGUAUGCUUUGAGAGCAAGUCGCCCAUGGGAACUGGGAGGAUCCCCGACCAGCUGCUUAAUCUGGACAUGAAGCACGGAGUGGAGGCCAAGAACUAUGAAGAGAUCGCCAAAGUGGAGAAGCUGAAGCCCCUGGAGGUGGAGCUAAGGCGACUGGAGGACCUAUCAGAGUCCAUCGUCAAUGACUUUGCCUACAUGAAGAGGAGGGAGGAGGAGAUGAGAGAUACCAACGAAUCCACCAACACACGCGUCCUGUACUUCAGUAUCUUCUCUAUGUGCUGUCUGAUUGGCCUGGCCACCUGGCAGGUCUUCUACCUGCGACGCUUCUUCAAGGCCAAGAAGCUGAUUGAGUAGAGAGGCAUCACCACUACACCCAGGAGGAGCAGCCAAUGCUACCCGAUCAACCUUCACCCUCAUCGGACUAGCUUCAGCAAAAACUAUGGCUUUGUCCGAAAUGGCACCCUGUAUAGUGAACUACUUUUGACCAGAGCCCCAUAGGCUGAAGUUUUUGCCGAAGGCCCGUAGACUCUGGUCAAAAGUAGUGCACUAUACAGGGCAUAACCAGGGCACCGUUUCGGACCUAUCCAAUAAUGACAAAACAAAGGGUUGAGCAGAACUCUCUACUAGUUUCGGUGGUGUGAGAGGGCACAAAGGGGUAGCCUAUUCUCUGAAAACUAUAUACACCUGGGGCUCAUUCAGCAGAGUGAAAUAUCUUUUUUUUUUUUAAAGGUACAGGUAGAAAUGUAGAAUAUACACAGAUUUAUCUUCAAAGAGAGCGAGAAUGUUCCAUGUGUUAUUUACAUUUCUCAGAUUGUCAUUUAAUGUGUACAGUUUGAUUUGGAGUUUUAUUUUGUUGGGAUGAAUGGUUGCCCCCUUUGAGAGAAUGUCUAUGGCCCUUUAUAUUGUUGUACAAAGUCUUGGCCAUGCCAAGCGAGCUAUAGUGUGCUGUACGUCGCCAAUGGCACCCUAUUCCCUAUAUAGUGCACUACUUUUGAGCAGGUCCCAUAGGACUCUGGUCAAAGUAUUGCAUUAGGGUGCCAUUUGAGAUGUCCCUUUAUAUUGUCCUUUUUAAGUGAAGCCUUCGAUGAACAGCAGGUGGAAUGUGGUAUAACUCAAAAGAUAAAAACUAUGGCAACCACUGAACUUGUGUGCUUUGUCGGUUAAUUAAUUUGAAUACAUGUUUUGGUAACUAAAUUUGACAGCGUCUUUUAGUUUUGAUUUUGUAAAAUGCUAUCGCAGGGCAGGUAUUUUAGGGGAGAGGGUUUCAUAAGUUAUCAGGGAAUGAAUGGUUGGUUGUCUUAAAUGGCACCCUAUUCCAUAUAAAAGUGCAUUGGGCCUUGGUCAAAAGUAGUGCACUAUUUAAGGAAUAGGCUGUAAUUUUGAACGCAGAAAAAAUAUCAUUUUGAAAACUAGGUAAUUUCUAGCAGAACACUUGUUGCUAGUUCUUAAGUUUUUAUUUUAUCUUAAAGAUGUACAAAA